CCCAGAAUUCCGUUUUUCCCGGUGUAGAGUGUAGCAAGCUAUUUUGGCUACUGCAGGCAGUGGCAGGAUGACAUAGGGGAGACUUUAACGGUCUGCAGCUAUAGCUUGGAGGAACUGCACCUCRGACCAGAGAUUUUGGAGGACACAGGAUACCCGGGUGAAUCGCCAUGACGACAGAACCAAAUUCAGAGUCUAGCGCGGACCAGCAGGAGGCCAGUGCGGCUCCACAACUGGAGGCGGACUCUUUUCCCCCGGCUGCCGCCCACAGYACGCCUGUCAGGAAAGAGCAGAACGGCGACGAGAGAGCGGAGGGAGGCGUGGUCCCACAGGGGAAUCAGCUGGAGCCAUCGCAGGCGGAGGAGGACAGGACCUCGUACAGGUCGUCCACCAGUAAGCUGUCCAGGUCUCCCGGUGGAGGACGGAGUGUCCGCAGCUCCAGGAACAUGCAGUGCAAGGUCACYCUGCUCGAUGGCGCCGUCUACACCUGCGUGGUGGAGAAACGGGAGAGAGGCCAUGUGUUAUUUGACAAAGUGUGUGAGCAGCUCAACCUCCUGGAAAAGGACUACUUUGGCAUCACAUUCCGGGACAUCGAAAACCAAAAGAACUGGUUAGACCAAUCCAAGGAGAUGAAGAAACAGAUCAGAGGAGCCACCUGGAAUUUUUCAUUCAAUGUGAAGUUCUACCCUCCAGAYCCUGCCCAGCUGUCUGAGGAUAUUACAAGAUAUUACCUGUGCCUCCAGUUGAGGGAUGACGUGGUGUCUGGGCGUCUGCCAUGCUCUUUCGCCACCCACACGGUGCUGGGAUCCUACACGGUUCAAUCAGAGUUGGGGGACUACGAUCUCGAGGAGUCUGGGACGGACUACGUCAGCGAGUUCCGCUUCGCCCCCAACCAGACCAAGGAGCUGGAGGAGAAGGUCAUGGACCUGCACAAAAAYUACAAAGGAAUGACGCCAGCUGACGCUGAGAUGCACUUCCUGGAAAAUGUGAAGAAGCUUUCCAUGUACGGAGUUGACCUGCACCAUGCCAAGUUGGUAGGAAGCCUGUUUGAGUGCUUGUCUCCAGCUAAGGGCGAGGAUUCUGAGGGUGUUGAGAUCAUGUUGGGCGUGUGCUCUAGCGGUCUUCUGAUCUACCGUGACCGCCUGCGCAUCAACAGGUUCGCCUGGCCCAAGGUCCUCAAGAUCUCCUAUAAAAGGAAUAAUUUCUACAUCAAAAUACGCCCCGGAGAGUUUGAGCAGUUUGAAAGCACCAUCGGGUUCAAGCUCCCCAACCAUAAGGCGGCCAAGAGACUAUGGAAAGUCUGCGUGGAGCACCACACCUUUUUCAGGUUGGUGUCUCCAGAAACUCCCCCCAAGAAGUUCCURAACCUGGGCUCUAAGUUCCGAUACAGYGGGAGAACCCAGGCCCAGACGCGACGAGCCAGCUCCCAGAUCGUCCGUCCGGCRCCCCGCUUCGAGCGCUCCACCAGCAAGCGCUACAUCAUGUCGCGCAGCCUGGACGGAGAGAUGGGCUCGGACCUAUACGGAAGGGCGAAGGGCAUCGCCAUGAGCGACCUCAUCACCACCGUGACACCGGAGAAAAAGGUGGAGGAGAGGAAGGCGGAGGAAGAGGUGGAAGUGGAGGUGGAAGUGGAGGUGGAAGUAGAGGUGGAAGUAGAGUUGGAAGUAGAGGUGGAGGAGGUGGAGGAGGAGGAUGAGACCACGAAAGCCACCGAGAUCUCUCUACCAAGUCCAACCUCUCCCAUUCGACACGACACCAAGACUGAACUGACUGACACUGGUGUCGAUGGUGAACUGACAGCCACGGAGUCGGACCAGGAGGAUGAGUCCGAGUUAAAGACACAGGACACAGUGGGCACGCCGGAGGAGCUGUUGAAACACUCGACCAACAUCAGUGAGCUCAAGCGGUCGUUCCUGGAGACGGGCGCCGACUCGGCUGCUACCGAAUGGGAGAAGAGGCUGUCAUCGUCCCCCCUGCGCUCGCCGCGCCUUGACGAGGCCCCCAUGAUCGAACCCCUGGAACUCGACGAGGUACCGAGCCAAGAGGAUGAGGGAGAGGAUGAGAGAGAGAGAGCCAUGGCUGCAGGCGGUAGCGUUGAGGAGGACAUCAAGCACAGCCCUGUGGAUACUAAGACUACUGUGCCAAAGCCGACCUUUGAGGAGAUGUCCCCGGAGCUCACCGCUCUCUUACAGUCGGCCAGAGAUCAGACCAGCACGCGGGUCUGGACUGCUUCGCCUGCCUUUAGUCAGACCGUGUUUAAGACAACAGAGAAGGUGGAGCGGAUCGUGCUGCAGACAGAGGUGGUAUCAUCCCAACAAGAAAAAGACCAGGACCAGCCUGAGCUGAAGUCGGCACAGCCAGAACAGCCUGACAACUUGGAGAACCAGGCAGAGCAUCAGACUGAGCAGUUGUCUGUGCUGGAGGCUCCAGAGGUCCUGACCUUCAACAGGGCAGGCGUGGUGGAUGUGACCCAUGGGGUCCCUGUAAUACACACGGAAAUGAAAACUGUCACAUACCAGUCACUAGAGGCUGACGCUGAUCCCGAGGCGGGGGUGUUGAUGAGUGCCCAGACCAUCACCUCAGACACCACCAGCACCACCACAACCACACAUAUCACCAAGACUGUGAAAGGAGGCAUCUCGGAAACCAGGAUCGAGAAGAGAAUCGUAAUCUCGGGUGAUGCAGACAUGGACCAUGACGAGGCCUUGGCUCAGGCCAUAAAGGAGGCCAAAGAGCAGCACCCUGACAUGUCAGUGACCAAAGUAGUGGUCCACAAAGAGACUGAGAUCACGCCCGAGGAGGGCGAAGAGUGACCGCAGGAGUGACGGGUCACCAGGUUCACUAACGUUUCGGGAGCAUUCUGUUAACGUUACUUCACGCUGUUCAGAGUAAGGGACGCAAGCAGGAUAGUGGCGUUGCCGACGGACAGCACCCCACUGUAGCAGACACUAAUACUGCAUCCGACCACUACUGAACUAACCUCAUCCACCCACACUCCCUCACUCACUCACCAUCACUACUGGCAAACACAAACCUCCAAAGCUACCUUCAUAGGAACAUGUAUAUUGCAUGAAAAGGGAACAAUUCUGCAUUUUUGUAAAAGAAAAAAAAAAGAAGAUAUAUCAAAAGUU